AUGUGCAGUCUUGAUCUGAGAGUCGUUUUGUUAAUAAAGGAGGAAGUGCUGUGUCUGCACAGGCCUUUGAUACUAGCUGUAGGCAACUCCCUCUCCUGGUUCACGGUGUUGGCCUCCCCACUUAAACCCGACAAGUUGUCCACAAUUACCGGCUACCGAUUGCCGGCGCAAGCCGGACUUUCCUCGAAGGACGCCCAGCUGCAGCACAAGCAUCUCCGCCGCACACGUGAAACAACAAGGACCUUGAUCGUGGUGCUGUUCGCUGCCCUGAGGACGCAGAGGAAGAAGGAGCCUCUGAUCAUCUCCAAAGAGGAUGUCAGAGACAAUGUCGUCAGCUACAACGACGAGGGCGGUGGCGAGGAGGACACCCAGGCCUUCGAUAUCGGCACACUGCGAAUCCUGGAGGCCAUUGAGGAGCGCAGACAGUGGCGGGACAUCGUGCCCGAGACCUUCUACCGUCCGGUCCGACAGCCAGUUCUGCCCCCGACCCGGGACAAUAACGGGGACGUGAGGGACUUCAUCAACCAGAGGCUCCAGGACAACGACAGCGACCCGACGGCGCCGCCUUACGACUCCCUCGCCACCUACGCCUACGAGGGCAACGGCUCGGUGGCGGAGUCCCUCAGCUCCCUGGAGUCGGUGACUACCGAGGGCGACCAGGACUACAACGACCUGAGCGAGUGGGGGCCGCGGUUUAAGAAACUGGUGGACAUGUACGGGGGCGAUGACAGCGACAGGGAUUCCUAACGAGAGCCUCGGCACACAGACAAGGAAGUAAUGUAGAAAACUUUCAGGCAGUUCUGGUGCAUGUGCGGUGAGUUAAAGGACAGAGGAAAGAGCUUGGUUUCGUCCGAAGCGCUCCAUCGCCGCCUUCGACCACCAUUCAUUGUCCCUCCGGUGACCAGACGUAGGCUUUGUGUGUCCAGUCCGUGUUAGUUGCAUUUUUGCGAGGGCACGGUAAAAAGAGAUGUUUUUUGUGUGUGUAUAUGGGGUGUACACGAGGCCCAAAUAUAUCUAUACUAAUAUUUUUUUGUUUUAGUUUCUUUUGGUUCGUUUUUUUCCAAAGCUGCCUGUGAUGGACACGCUCUGCAAGCAGUUUUGUAAACCAACAGAUAUGCCUGUGUAUUUUUCAGUGUUUCUGGGACAAAAACAUGCUGCAUAUUGUGAGUUCUAUCUUAGCUUGUGUAUGUACGGUAACAUGAUACGAUACACUGUACAGUUGUUUUGUUUUUCUAGGGAUUUCUGUCUUAUACUUUGAUGUUUUUGUGAUAUUUUUGUCAACAUACUAUGACUUUUUUUGAUACUUUUGUUGACAUACUAUAGUAUGACUUUUUUGAUGACAUUUUUGAUGACGUACUAAACUGUAACAUUUCUGAUGUUAUUUUUAACAACAUACUGUACGAUGACGUUUUUGUGACUGUUAUCAUUGCUGUCAUGUGUAUAGUGUUGUUUUCUGUGAUGUGUGCAUGUCGAAUAUUCAAAAAAAGCUGCGCUGCACCACCGCCAGGAUUGGAUGACAGGAGGUCGGGUUGGCGCAGGAUUGGUCGGGCUGCCGACGAAAACCAGGAUGACGUCGCCUCUGGGUCAGAGAGGGUCAGAUAAGCAGGCCAUCCUCCGUGCCGUCCAGACCGGCACAUAUCCAGCACAAUUUGUUUGUUGUAUAGCAGAACAAGGUACUGUAGUGAGCUGCUACUUUUUGUUUUAUUCAUAUUCACCUGUUUGAGUUAGAGAGGGAGGGAAGACUUUGUAUUUAAUUUUGUCCUUUUAUUUUGAUAGGUAAGUCGACCUCCUAAGGACUAGUGUGGUUUUGUUUAUUAUUUUUGGCGUAAAGCUCACCCCUAAUUCAUUUACACCUUACCUUUGACUUGUUUUUGUUAACCUCCACGUUUGCUUUUCAAUACACAUUUAAUGUAAAUAAAUUCUUUGAGAAAACGCUGUGUGUGCUGCUUCAGACACAUGUAGUCAGGCACUUCAUGUUGCGUUCAGUAACCCCUAGGCUGGGCGUAACAGUGACAUGUUUAAUUACAUACUUCACGAUGAUGUUUUUACAUACUAUACUGUGAAUUUUUGUACAUACUUUGACUUACUAUGACUUUUUACGAUGGCAUGAUAUACAAUGAGAUAUUUGUUUCCUGUGAAAAUUGAUUUUACAACAUGUAAAGGACUUUGGUCAAAAUUGAUUGUUUAGCAUGUGAAAUGCAAAUGUGAAAUGCAUUAAAAAAAACUUG